GCUGUGGCAGAAGCUGCACACUUCUGCAUCGUCGGCCGUAGCUGAUGCAACAGAGAAAUAUAUCUGAUAGUUGUUGAGUUUCAGUCUCUGGCUGACCUCACAUGGCUCUGGAGUCUGUUCCGCACACAGGGGAUCAACGUCUCUUCUGAAACAUCACCGACGAGUGACAAUUAAGAGCACUUCCAUCUGGUGAGUACAGGCUAAUACAGUAUGUGGUCUACACAGGUAUGGUACAGGCUAAUACAGUAUGUGGUCUACACAGGUAUGGUACAGGCUAAUACAGUAUGGUACAGGCUAAUACAGUAUGUGGUUAACACAGGUAUGGUACAGGCUAAUACAGUAUGUGGUUUACACAGGUAUGCUACAGGCUAAUACAGUAUGUGGUUUACACAGGUAUGGUACAGGCUAAUACAGUAUGUGGUCUACACAGGUAUGGUACAGGCUAAUACAGUAUGUGGUUUACACAGGUAUGGUACAGGCUAAUACAGUAUGUGGUUUACACAGGUAUGGUACAGGCUAAUACAGUAUGUGGUUAACACAGGUAUGGUACAGGCUAAUACAGUAUGUGGUUAACACAGGUAUGGUACAGGCUAAUACAGCAUGUUGUUUACCCAGGUAUGGUACAGGCUAAUACAGCAUGUUGUUUACCCAGGUAUGGUACAGGCUAAUACAGUAUGGUACAGGCUAAUACAGUAUGGUACAGGCUAAUACAGUAUGGUACAGGCUAAUACAGUAUGUGGUCUACACAGGUAUGGUACAGGCUAAUACAGUAUGUGGUCUACACAGGUAUGGUACAGGCUAAUACAGUAUGGUACAGGCUAAUACAGUAUGUGGUUUACACAGGUAUGGUACAGGCUAAUACAGUAUGUGGUUUACACAGGUAUGGUACAGGCUAAUACAGUAUGUGGUUUACACAGGUAUGGUACAGGCUAAUACAGUAUGUCGUUUACACAGGUAUGAUACUGUAUUAGACCAUGUCGUUUACACAGAUAUGGUACAGUAUAAUACAGUAUGUAGUUUACACUGGUAUGAGAGUGUAUAAUACCAGUGGUGUAAAGUACUUAAGUAAAAAUACAUUAAAGUACUACUUAAGUAGUUUUUUUGUAGAAUCUGUAUUUUAAUUUUUAUAUUUUUGACAAUUUAAUUCACUACUUUCCUAAAGAAAAUAUGGCACUUUUUACUCCAUACAUUUUCUGACACCCAAAGUACUCAUUACAUUUUGAAUGCUUAGCAAGACAGGAAAAUUGUCAAAUUCACGCACUUUCAAGAGCACACGUGGUCAACCCUCCUGCCUCUGGCCUGGAGGACUCACUAAACAAGUGAUUUAUACUUUCACUUUUACUUUUGACACAAGUAUAUUUGAGCAAUUACAUUUACUUUUGACACUUAAGUAUAUUUACAACCAAAUACUUUUAGACUUUUACUCGAGAAGUAUUUUACUGGCUGACUUUAUCUUUUACUUGAGUAACUUUCUAUUAAAAAGGUAUCUAUACUUUUACUAAAGUAUGACAAUUGGGUACUUUUUCCACCACUGUAUAAUACAGUAUGUAGUUUACACAGGUUUAAGCAUGGAUCUUUUUCACAGGAAAGUGAAUUUCCCCCGCAAAUUGUGAGUAUAUUUUGGGUUGCAUUUGUUCAUAAGUGUUAUAGAGCAAAUGAUGCAUGACAAAUGGAACAUUGCUCUUAUUUUGUCCGUUGAUUUUAAACUACUGCAAGUGUCCACAACCUUGUGAGGCACACCUAUCUUCACCCAAACCCUCAUCUGCUGUGCUUCAGAUUUACACUUCCUGUUACUAAGCAUCAUGUCGUGGUCGGAGGGUGUGAACUCCACUCUGAACCUUCACUCCAACACCUCCUCCUCCCUGGUCUGCACCAACCUGUACGACCACCGCCCCGCCGCCCGCGUCCUCAUGUCUCUCCACUACAGCCUGGUCUUCAUGCUCGGCCUCCUCGGUAACGCCCUGGCACUGCACGUCAUCAGACCCAACCUGGCCCAGAUCAACUCUACCACACUCUACUCUGCCAACCUGGCCGCCUCCGACGUCCUCUUCACCCUGGCCCUGCCUCUGAGGAUAGCCUACUACGCCCUAGGUUUCCACUGGCCCCUGGGGGAGACCCUGUGUCGGGUCACCGCCCUUCUGUUCUACGUCAACACCUACGCAGGGGUCAACUUCAUGACCUGCCUGGCCGUAGACCGCUUCGUAGCCGUGGUUCUCCCUCUGCGUUACACCAGGCUCUGCCGGGCCCGGACCAUCCGCUACGUCUGCAUAGGGGUGUGGGUUCUAGUCCUGGUCCAGACGUUACCCCUCCUCUCCGUGACCAUGACCCGGGCUGAGCCAGACGGGACCACCACCUGCAUGGAGUACCCCAACUUUGAGAACGGGGCCGUGGAGGGACUCCCCUACGUCCUCAUUGGAGCCGUCGUCGUGGGAUACGGCGUUCCCGUUGCAACCAUCCUGUGUUGCUACUUGGUGUUGCUUUGGAAGCUGCGGUUGGUGACAAGAAGUGGGGUUGGUGGGCGAGGUCACAGGUCAUUGAGGAGCCAGAAGGCGACGGGGGUGAUAGCAGGGGUAGUGUUGGUGUUUGUAGUGUGUUUCAGUCCCUAUCACAUCAACAUCCUGCAGUAUAUGAUCCGAAAGCUGAGAUACACACCAGACUGUACCGAGCUACAGGCCUUUCAGGUGUCUCUACACUUCACUGUGUGUCUCAUGAACCUCAACUGCUGCCUGGACCCCUUUGUCUACUUCUUUGCCUGUAAGGGUUACAAGAGGAGGGUGAUGAAGAUGUUGAGGGUUCAGGUCAGCGCCUCUUUCUCCAGCGUGGUCCGAACCGGGGAGGACACCCCCUUCAAAUGGGGGGGGAACCAGGACGGGAGGAGCAGGCUGGGUAGCCGCACAGUUUGUCCUGUUGCUUUAGAUAAUGUUACCAAUACCAUUCCUGGGCCAGAGACUGAGACAGGAACAGGAGUCACAUCCAACCAACUACCCCUGAGACAGGAGCCACAUCCAACCAACUACCCCAGAGUCAGGAGCCACAUCCGGCUGAGUAGCCCCUGAGACAGGAGCCACAUCCGGCUGAGUAGCCCCUGAGCCACAUCCGGCUGAGUAGCCCCUGAGUCAGGAGCCACAUCCGGCUGAGUAGCCCCUGAGACAGGAGCCACAUCCAGCUGAGUAGCCCCAGAGCCGGUCCUGGGCCUGGAGAUGACCACUACUAGGCCAUAGAGACACAGAACCACUAGUCUAGACACACUGUCCUGGGUUGUAUUCACACCAAACGGAAGAAAAAGGAACUGAAACAGAGAGGAACUACCUGAACUUGUCCAAUCAGAAAUGCUUGUUUUAAUUUUACUUCCUUGCUCACUCUGCUAUUUCAAAACUAAUGUGAAAAAGAUGGAAAUCAAGGUCCCAUAAACACAAGAAAACAGCACCACCUUUACAUGAAGGUUCCAGAACUAAACGGGCCGCCUACAGAACAGGAUGCAGAGAUACAAUCCUACCUUUACAUGAAGGUUCCAGAACUAAACGGGCCGCCUACAGAACAGGAUGCAGAGAUACAAUCCUACCUUUACAUGAAGGUUCCAGAACUAAACGGGCCACCUACAGAACAGGAUGCAGAGAUACAAAUCUACCUUUACAUGAAGGUUCCAGAACUAAACGGGCCGCCUACAGAACAGGAUGCAGAGAUACAAUCCUACCUUUACAUGAAGGUUCCAGAACUAAACGGGCCGCCUACAGAACAGGAUGCAAAGAUACAAUCCUACCUUUACAUGAAGGUUCCAGAACUAAACGGGCCGCCUACAGAACAGGAUGCAGAGAUACAAUCCUACCUUUACAUGAAGGUUCCAGAACUAAACGGGCCGCCUACAGAACAGGAUGCAGAGAUACAAUCCUACCUUUACAUGAAGGUUCCAGAACUAAACGGGCCGCCUACAGAACAGGAUGCAGAGAUACAAUCCUACCUUUACAUGAAGGUUCCAGAACUAAACGGGCCGCCUACAGAACAGGAUGCAGAGAUACAAUCCUACCUUUACAUGAAGGUUCCAGAACUAAACGGGCCGCCUACAGAACAGGAUGCAGAGAUACAAUCCUACCUUUACAUGAAGGUUCCAGAACUAAACGGGCCGCCUACAGAACAGGAUGCAGAGAUACAAUCCUACCUUUACAUGAAGGUUCCAGAACUAAACGGGCCGCCUACAGAACAGGAUGCAGAGAUACAAUCCUACCUUUACAUGAAGGUUCCAGAACUAAACGGGCCGCCUACAGAACAGGAUGCAGAGAUACAAUCCUACCUUUACAUGAAGGUUCCAGAACUAAACGGGCCGCCUACAGAACAGGAUGCAGAGAUACAAUCCUACCUUUACAUGAAGGUUCCAGAACUAAACGGGUCGCCUACAGAACAGGAUGCAGAGAUACAAUCCUACCUUUACAUGAAGGUUCCAGAACUAAACGGGCCGCCUACAGAACAGGAUGCAGAGAUACAAUCCUACCUUUACAUGAAGGUUCCAGAACUAAACGGGCCGCCUACAGAACAGGAUGCAGAGAUACAAUCCUACCUUUACAUGAAGGUUCCAGAACUAAACGGGCCGCCUACAGAACAGGAUGCAGAGAUACAAUCCUACCUUUACAUGAAGGUUCCAGAACUAAACGGGCCGCCUACAGAACAGGAUGCAGAUACAAUCCUACCUUUACAUGAAGGUUCCAGAACUAAACGGGCCGCCUACAGAACAGGAUGCAGAGAUACAAUCCUACCUUUACAUGAAGGUUCCAGAACUAAACGGGUCGCCUACAGAACAGGAUGCAGAGAUACAAUCCUACCUUUACAUGAAGGUUCCAGAACUAAACGGGCCGCCUACAGAACAGGAUGCAGAGAUACAAUCCUACCUUUAGUGAUUCAUCUUGAACAUUUCCGGCACAUUGAACUGUGUACAGAUAUGCUUUUCAUAAUUAAUUGGGUUCACUUCCAAUACUUCCUUUUUAUUA